GCUAGGUUGGGAAUCAUAGCACUGGGAUAUGGUCCGAACAGGUAACAAGGGCGGCAAAGAGUGGACCUGAGCCCAGUUUCUCGCGUUUUCAGCGUUGACCGGGGUCCGUAUCCCAUCCAAUUGGCACCAGUUCGUGGUACGACGAGACUGUCUGCACUCACGGCACACACGAGACUAGGAAUCUAGGACAUGGGAUAAGCAAAACUGCGACUACAAGCAUGUGGAUAUAUGUAUAUGUGAAAAGGAAAUGCCACUAUAGGCAUAUGAAAAUCCGUGACGCUUUGCAACGGUUUGAUACCUCGCUGAUAUGGGAGAGACAGGGGUUCUUCUCCUCACCUCAUCAUUAUCGUUCCAAACGAAGAGUAAACAGUAACUAUUAGUUUCUCACCUAACUUACCUGCUACAUUGUAGUUUUAUUACUAAUAUACUUGAUAAACCAUGGCGGAGUCAGUAGAAAAGAUGCCUCUGACAGGCGUCGAAGCACCUGUGACGCCACCCUCUACUCCCGGUCGAUCUAAGACCGUGCGACCAUCUCCACCGAAUAGCCAACCAGAGCAGCGAAUCUACCUACCGGAUAUGUUCUCGUCCAUCAUGUCGGUAGACGCUGCCGUGAACCCGAACUACUUUAAGGUCAAGUCCAAGGGCGACGCAUGGUUUUCCAAAACUGUCAAGGCAGAUAAAAAAUGGACAGAAAAGGACAAGUCUGUAGAUUAUGCUUAUUUGAGCUCUCUCUGGGCACCAAACUGCGACGCCGAGAACCUUCGAAUAGUGUUAGACUGGAAUCACUGGGUAUUCAGUUUUGAUGAUAUGUUCGAUGAAGGUCAUUGUAGCCAGAGCCUCGCCGCUGCACAGGCUGAGAUUAAUGUCAUGGUCGGCAUAAUGGAGGGGACACAACCGCGGGCUGACCCAACAGAACCCGGAGUAGAACAUCCGCUUAGAUACGUAUACCAGACUGUAAUGGAUCGUGUAAACAAGACCGCAUCACCAGAAUUCAAACAGCACUGGAAAGAAAUGCAUCAAAGAUAUUUCGACGGGAUUCUCGAGCAGGUAAAAGUUGUGGAGGGUAAACGCACCUUUACCCGCGAUGUGAACGAGUUUAUGGCUAUGCGAAGAGGAAACAUUGGUGUAUACCCAGCCAUUGCCCUGGUAGAGUAUUGCGAAGGCGUCAGGCUCCCUCUGGCAGUCCUCGAUCACCCAUCCCUCCAGGAAUGCAUGUGCGUCUCAGCGGAUCUUGUGGCACUCGUUAAUGAUGUUAUAUCAUAUAAAAAAGACCUGAUGUUAGGAGGUGAUCAGAAUAUCAUUAUGCUUCUCAUGGAUCAGGGAUUAUCGAUACAGCAGGCUGUUGAUCAGGUUGGCAACAUGUUUACAGACUGCUAUAAACGUUGGUACACGGCUCAUGCAAACCUGCCCCAGUGGGGAGAGGAGAUUGAUGGGAUGGUGCUCCGAUUUAUGGAAGUGUGCCGUAACGUUGCUUUGGGAAAUUUAUACUGGAGUCACAAAACAGCACGAUAUCUAACAACUGAGGAUGGGGAUUUGCGUGACACAAAGGUCCUCAUCUUACCAGGUUGAUCUUUUUGAUGGUACAUCGAGGAGAGUGGUCAGGAGAGUGGUCAGGAGAGUGGUCGAUGGUCGACGGUCGGUGGUCGUUGGCUUGCAGUCCAGGGUCCGUCCUGUCCUGCAUGGACUAGGUAUGUAAUCCAUACCUGGUUGGUAUCCAGCUAUGCUGGUGUUAUAUGCCGCACGGGAACGCGCCGUUCCCGAACGGCACAUUGGUUGGUCUUGUUUUGGGAUGAAUGAGCAGAGUGACCAAUGAUAAUUCAGAUGAAAGACUGUUUUUUGCAUGAUACAUUAGGACAUUAGGAUAGCUCAACCUAUCAAGCAUGGGACUUGUGAGAUAGCAACCAACAUUAUGUGGAGUUAAUUGGAGGGGAUCUUAUGAUAUUAUAUUAUACAUACCUAGCACACCUGAUAUACCUGGGAUACCUGGCUUACCUAGCAUAUUACCUGGGCACUUAAGCGAGAUGCAUGCAACCAGGGCUGUUCUCCAGAGUUAACAACCUGGAACACGGCUAAAACUUGCCAUCCUUGAUAAGCACGUUCGUAGGUGACCUUAGGUAGCUGGUACAUAGCUAAGAGGUGAUUUUCCUUUGUGUGACAGGCGCGUAUCAUGUCAAGAGAUGAUAGCAUAUCCACAUAUAGUUCUUUGCUUUUUGCUUUUUGCUUUUU